AGCCCCGUCACCAAGUGAGCCAUCAGGUGGAUGCUCCAUGCUUGCUCGGCUCGUCAUACCUGAGGUGAAGAUCCAUCCCCUCCUCUUCCUGGUUUCUUCGCUACUUUCAACUCUGACACAUCGAGUCUGUUGAGGAAACCUGGCCCUAAACCACUCUAAGUCGGACAGCCGCCGUGCGUCACUCACCACCUGGCCAAUCACAGAUCAUAUUGACACUCCUGUUGUUUUCUUAGACAAAACACGACACACUACAAACUGAGCCAAAGGUCACCAGCCAACAUGGCGGCAGCAGUUCUUCGAAGGAAACUUUUCAAGACGUCAUUUUUUGCGUCAUGUUUCCACAGUUCGCCAGCUGUUCUUCAACAGCCCCCUCUUUCUCAGUCACGCUUUUUCCCGCCACAAGAGACACCCAUGCUGCCACCCGGUAGCUUCAACGGCCGCGUGGCGUUCAUCACGGGUGGCGGAACAGGAUUGGGCCGUGCCAUGACGACCACCCUGUCACACCUGGGAGCGGAGUGUGUCAUUGCUAGCAGGAAGUUGGACGUCCUGCAGCAAACAGCUGAUGAGAUCAGCAGCCAAACUGGAAACAAGGUUCAUGCGGUCCAGCUUGAUGUCAGAGAUCCUCAGGCUGUAACACGUUGUGUAGACCACAUGGAAGGUCUAACAGGCUUACCUGACGUGAUUAUCAAUAAUGCGGCGGGAAACUUUGUUUCCCCGUCGGAAAAUCUAUCAGCCAAUGCCUGGAAGACCAUCACAGACAUCGUCCUGAACGGAACAGCCUUCACUUCUCUGGAGCUCGCUAAGAGACUCAUUAACAAAGGCAAAGGUGCGUCCUUCCUGGCCAUCACCACUAUCUACGCCGAGUCAGGAUCCGGUUUUGUGGUUCCGAGUGCAUCAGCGAAGGCGGGUGUGGAAGCACUGUACAAGUCUUUGGCAGCAGAGUGGGGACGCUACGGACUCAGAUUCAACAUCAUCCAGCCCGGACCCAUCAGAACUAAGGGGGCCUUCAGCCGCUUGGAUCCUACAGGAGAAUUUGAAGCUGGAAUGCUGAGUCGGAUUCCAACGGGUCGACUGGGAAAAGCCGGCGAGGUGGCAAACCUGGCGACGUACAUGUGCAGCGACUACGCCAGCUGGAUGUCUGGAGCGGUGGUCCGCUUCGAUGGCGGCGAGUAUGUGAUGAUGGCGGGAGAAUUUAACGAGCUGCGUAGAGUGACACCUGAUCAGUGGAAACUGAUGGAAAAGAUGAUCAGAAGCACCAAAGGAUCCUCAUAAGGCAACAAUGGACACAUCAACUUGAUGAUGCCAUUGCAUUUGUCAUGGUUUCUAAACGUCGCAUUAAUAAAAAGUGUACUAACA